AGCGUUCUCAAUGCACAAAAGCGUUUCAGUGCACGUCCUACUUGUAAAGCUCUACAGCAGGGCGAUUUUGCGCGUUCCCGUGACUCUCGCCAUAGAAAACAAAGCUGAACGUCUUCCAUAACAGCUAGGGGUGCAGACUUGAGGAAUAUACGAAUUUAUCGUGGACACGUCGUGCUGAAUAUGGAUUUACUGUGGGUGUAGCAUCGUUGGAGACCGAGCCCUCUCGGCUGGGGUGACAGCAGGACAUUAAGCGAAACCGACGAAAAUAACAUCAGUGUGGUUUUUUUUCUCGGGGUGCUUUGUCUUGUCCACCUAUAACGAUAGCAAACCAUCAUUCCCAUUUCAUUCGCAAGAAAUUCAGCUAGUGAUCACUAGCUGCUGCCGGGAUGGAUCAUCAUGUUGUCACCUAAAACUACCUGCUAGGAUUGUCGGAUUGUGAAGGAUAAGCUGAAAACCUCACCGAGGUUCUAACGGGUUGUCACCGGGACCUGAAUCUGUGUGAGCCACAGUCGCGGAACCCACUGUUUUCGGCGAUAUGGCGGAGCAAGGCUACUCAUCCUGGGCGUACUCCCUAGUUGACUCCAGCCAGGUGUCCACCUUCCUCAUUUCCAUCCUCCUCAUCGUGUAUGGCAGCUUCAGGUCAUUAAACAUGGACUGUGAGAACCAGGAGAAGGAUAAAGAUGGAAACACCACGACAACAGGGGGUUUUAAUAAUGGCAGCACGAACAACAGUGAGUGUAUUCAGACUAUAGACUCCACACAGGCUCUUUUCCUGCCCAUAGGAGCCUCUGUGUCUCUGCUAGUCAUGUUCUUCUUCUUUGACUCGGUACAGGUGGUCUUCACUAUCUGCACUGCAGUUCUUGCAACAAUUGCAUUUGCAUUCCUCUUGUUGCCAAUGUGCCAGUAUCUGACCAGACCCUGCUCCCCACAGAACAAGAUUUCUUUCGGCUGCUGUGGGCGUUUCACUCUGGCCGAGCUCCUCUCCUUCUCCCUAUCUGUCAUGUUGGUGCUCAUCUGGGUGCUGACUGGACACUGGCUUCUCAUGGACGCUUUAGCCAUGGGCCUGUGUGUCGCCAUGAUAGCUUUUGUGCGGCUUCCCAGUCUGAAGGUGUCCUGCCUGCUGCUGUCCGGACUGCUCAUUUAUGACGUGUUCUGGGUGUUCUUCUCAGCCUACAUCUUCAACAGUAAUGUGAUGGUCAAAGUCGCCACCCAGCCUGCUGAAAAUCCCAUAGACGUCCUGUCCAGGAAGCUCCACCUGGGGCCAGGGAUGGGCCGCGAUGUCCCCCGUCUCUCCUUACCUGGAAAACUGGUCUUUCCCAGCUCCACAGGAAGUCACUUCUCCAUGCUGGGAAUAGGAGACAUUGUGAUGCCGGGGCUGCUCUUAUGCUUCGUCCUGCGUUAUGACAACUACAAGAAGCAAGCCAACGGGGAAGUCCCGGGGCCCAACAUGUCCGGACGCAUGCAGCGUGUCUCCUAUUUCCACUGCACUCUUAUCGGAUACUUUGUGGGUCUGCUGACUGCCACUGUGGCCUCCAGGAUCCACCGCGCUGCUCAGCCUGCACUGCUCUACCUGGUGCCCUUCACCCUGCUGCCUCUGCUCACUAUGGCCUACCUGAAGGGGGAUUUGAGGCGCAUGUGGUCCGAGCCCUUCCACACCAAGACCACCAGCUCCCGCUUCCUGGAGGUAUGAUGCACCGUGGGAUACACGAGCAGCACGGGGAGGACUGCGGAUCCUUCACCUUAAUUUGAGGGAAGGAGAGGGGGCGCACUCACAGUGAGGCCAUGUCGUCAUCACUUGUUCAUGCUUUCCGCCAAUCUUCUGUGAAAAAAAAAAAAAAAACCCUCAGAAGGACACCAGUGUGUGGAUCACAAACGCCCCAGAACACCACUCAUCUUUGGUCUCUACAUCCUCCCCUCGUUUCAUCUCCGCUUUUCUGUUUGUUUCCUCUUCAUUACAGCAUAUCCUGCCUUCGCUGUUUUCGUUCGCCCCCCACCCCCAUCUUCUUUCCGUUUUCCUCUCUGCUAUAGUCUGUCUCAUUUGCCACUUCCCUCUUUCCAUUCGUCAGGCCUCCUCUCUUCCUUCUUCCUCUUGCGUCUUUUUCAUUUCUCUGCAUCUCUGUUUGACACCGACUCAGAUGAACUCGAGGGCCAGGCCUCCCCCCCUUUUUUGUGGACUAAGGGUUGAGAGACGUGGCUGGGGUUUAUAUAUAUUUUUUUAGCAUUGUCGUGGUCAUUAUUAAUAUUAUUAUUCUGGAACGAUUACAAGCAAACAGAGGAGAGGCGGAGUGUUGCGGCAGCACAGGACAGUGCUCGGGAGCAGCAACACAGUAAAGGAGAAGAGUCUUCCCCCUGCAUCCCCUUUUCCUCCCCCUUCUUUCUUCACCAUCCCUCCACAACGGCUCUACCCUGGCGUUCCCCCCCUCUUCCUCCUCCUCCUCCUCCUCCUCCUCCUCCACCUCCUCCUCCUCCUCCACCUCCUCUCCCUCCUCCUCCUUCUCUGUUCAUCUGCUGUCCCCAUCCCCCACCCUCACAGAUAACUAUGUAUUUUAUUUAGAAAAAGUUUUAUUCUUGGCAUAUACAGAAAUGAUGCAUUAUAAAUUGUUAAGAUGCCUCCUGCAUUUGAGGGGCCGCUUCUAUUUGUAUAUAUGUGUAUUUGCGGUAUCUUGAGUUUUUGUAUUUGUGUUCGAGAGCAUGUUGAACAGGGUGGGAAACUGACACCAGCCAUCAGUCAAACUCUGGUAAACUUUGGCUGCCGGUUGUUACAAGUUGACUGGCAAGCAGACGUCAUCCAGAGAUCAUUUUCUAAACUUUGUUAGCUAUUGUCAUAAAAAGUAGCAGAUGGUUUUUUUUGUGGGUGGAAAAAAAACAUCUGCAUCAGUGGCUGGUUGAUGAAAACGUUAGUUUCCUGCUCUAGUGUAGAAGUGUGUGUGUAAGUGUGUGUGUGAGUGUGUGUAUGAGAGAGCAGAAGGAUGAGUGAAUGGUUGUUUUACUUGGUUUUAAUUUGAAAUCAUGAACAUGUUCAAAAACAGUGACAGUAGUCAGGUUUCCAUUGAGCUGGGUGUGAUUUUGUCUAACUUGUGAAAAUUUUCCAAAAAGAAGAACAGACCGGGGUUCCUUACAGGUGGAAAUGUAAACAGUGUUUUUUUUUUUUUUUUAUCAAAUAAAUGAAUGUUGAAUUAAUUUAAAGGUAUGCUGUUACUUUUCAUCUUAAUUAACAUUGUACAUAAUGCUGGGUUUUGUACUGAGCUUCUCUCCUAAAUUGACACGUAUUACUGUCAACAACGGCAACACUAAAAACAUUGUAUUUCUUUUACAAGUGUACAAAGCAUGACAAUAUCUGAUUUAUUUUUCGUUUGACAAAGUCAGCGGAGCAGCACAACAAGCACAUCUCAUCUGAACUUUGUAAAUGUCAGUGUUUCACCUCAGCCGAUGGAGACCUGGCUAUUGUAAAAGCCUGCAGAUGAAGACGUACUGUGGUUAGAUAGUGAUGAAGGGUUCUCCGGGUGGACGGUUAAGUGUGUGUGUUACUGUGUGUUACUGUGUGUUACUGUGUGUGUGUGUGUGUGUGUGUGUGUGUGACUGUGUGUGACUGUGUGUGACUGUGUGUGACUGUGUGUGUGUGUGUGACUGUGUGACUGUGUGUGUGUGACUGUAUGUGUGUGUGUGUGUGACUGUGUGUGUGUGUGUGACUGAUGAAAUAACAUCAUAAUGUCUAUUUGGACCUAAGGGAGGGUAGAGAAUCAGUUACACCCUUCAGAAAUGGAAGUUAGAAUUUAAAGCUAACCUAUAGGAUGUUUUCACUGUCACCAUUUGGUCCCUGACAGUCUUUUUCUUUUUUUUUUCUUGUCCUUCCACUUUUUCGUGGUGCUUGUCAGUUAAUAUCUAAUGUAUACUGGAAAAAGUGCAGAUGAGUCGGAGAGAUGUACGGACGACGCAGUUUGCUGGCUAUUUUUCUUUUCUUUUUCCUUUUUUUUUAAAAAACUUUUUUUAUGCUAUCUGGCCGUGCAUGUUAAGUGUACAGUGUAUCAUUUCUCAGACUGAAUCAACAGGGCUACUGCAGUUUUUGAGCACUGCGGGCCGACACCAAGGCACUGGACUGGACCUAUGAGCUCCCACUGACGCAGAGCAGCGUCAGUGGGCGGGACAAAGGCUGCAGGUCAGAAAGACUGCGAUUGGUCAGCUCUGACUGACAUUAGGACCUGAACGCUGCCAGGCCACUCAGUGCAGUCGUCUAAACUUGGACAUCAUGGAACCACAAACCCCCCUCACCUCCUCAUGGACAUGACAAAAAAAUAUAUAGAUUUAUAUACAUAUAUAUACAUAUAUAUAUGUGUGUAUAUAUACAUACAGAAAUAAUUGAUGACGAUCAUGGUGAUAACAGAAGAGUUUCUUUUUUUUAUAGAAAAUGGAUUUCUUUUUACCCCCUUGUUUUUUUUUUUUUUUUUAGUGCUUUAGUUUUUUUUAUUUUGUCUUUCCACCUCUUCUCCAUUCCAGCAGAGGACUCCAGCUCUGUUGGUGCAUUGAUAUUAAAGCUGAAUGGAUUCUGUAUAGAAAAAUGGUGAAUAAAUAAAUUAAGAACUGUGUAGUGAAACAUGAAUCCUGAAGCGCUUGAUCUAAAAACACU